UUAAAAUUUAUAUUUUAUUUAUAUAAUUUAUUAUAUUUAUAUUUUAUUCAUAUAUCAAUUUUAUUUGUAUCAAAUAUUUUAUAUAUUCUUUAUAUGUAAUCAAGAUUUUACAAUAAUAUCUAUCAGCUUUUAUUUAAUAGAUUUUAAAAAUAUUUGUUAAUCAUAUAUUUCGAUGAUGAAAUUAAGAAUUCUUCGGACAGUAAAAUUGAUUAAUUUGAUACCAUAAGACUUUUAUUUAGAUUUGUAUAUUAUUUCAUUAUAAAUUCUUAUACUUUUAUAAAUAUUCAUAGUAAAUAUUCAUAUUUUGAAAUAACUGAAAAUUUCCUUUUCUAUUCAAAGUAUCAAAUAACAUUUAUCUUCAAAAUUUUAAAUAGAAUCUCUCAAGAUGGCAAUGACAAUUUCCCUUGUUUUGAUUUACAUCAACUUCUCAGUAACAAACGUAACUGAAAGAGCACGGUAUACAUCUCGUAGAUUUUUUCCACGCGAACAGCGGCCAUCAGAGGGGGAACGGAGACCAGUCUGUCCGACGAUCAGGCUUUCUGCAUACGUCGUAGUUUGGCUUGGCAACGUACGUGACCUAGGCUACUAUCUUACCCAACUAACGCGAUCAAGCUUGAGGAAAUCGACGAUAAUAGUUAAGAAGAAGAACAAGUUGGGAGCCACUGACGACGAAGCUCAAGGUGAACGAGAUUCAAAGUGGCAAUGGUGAGCUGCGCGAGCACGAGGGAGAGACUUCGAGGGUCCAACGUCCCUAAUGCCUGCGCUUUCAUUGCACACACUAGAUAUACGAGAACCUCAUUCCGUCUUCGUCCAUGUUUCGAUCCCUUCGUUCUCCACUACGUGUCUCGAACGAGUUGUCUGCGAUGACGUGGAUGAUAAGUUUUUUUUUAAUUCAUAACCUUUUUGAUUUGUAUUUAUUAGAGAUUUCUUUGACUCCUUCUUUUCUUCUUUAUUACAUCUCUAUUGGAUGAUUCGAAUGAAUUGGAUUUGACGAAUAAGAGUGGAUAAGUGAGGCGUUUUUUUAAAAAUUAAAAAUUUUAUUUCUAUCAGAAUCAAUUUAAUUCAUUAAAAAUAUUAACUUCGUUUUCUUUCCUCUAUUAAUUUUCUUCUUUAAUGAAUUCUUGAGUUGACCGUGAUAAUAUCUUUUAUUUCUUUUAAUUCUGAAUUUUAUUAUUCAUAAUAGAAUUAAUUAUUUAAUUUGAUUCCUUUAUAUAUAUUAAGCUAUUUGAGAUUAUACAUAUUUUCUAAUACAAAACAUAUAUAAGAUUUAUUGUAUGAAUAAAUUAUUUUUUUAAUUAGUAACACGUUUAACUAUAGAUAUUAUAGAUAUAUAAUAUAUAAUAUGUAAUAAGAUAAAAAAUGCAUUAAAAAAAUCAUAAAGUUUAAAAAUCA